GAAAGGAAUCCUGUGCGUGAGUAAUUCCGGGAAGCUCGCUUUACAACUGCGCGCGGCUCCGGCCCCCUGCACCGCCCGCUCCACAACAAAACUUUGGCGCGGCGCUCCCGGGAGCUCGGAUCCGAGGGACUGGCGGUUCGGACCGGAGAGGAGACAGCCCAGGGCACGGGCUAGGACAGCCGCGGGGACCGCACCGAGACGCGAGCGUGCGAGGGGCGCCAGGCCUCGCGGGCCGGGAAGAAGGUUUCCAGCCCAGAGGGCACCUGCUGCAGACAUGUCUGUGGAUCCCUUGUCCAGCAAAGCCCUGAAGGUCAAGCGCGAGCUGAGCGAGAACACGCCGCACCUGUCGGACGAGGCGCUGAUGGGGCUGUCGGUGCGCGAGCUGAACCGGAACCUGCGCGGGCUCUCGGCCGAGGAGGUGACCCGGCUCAAGCAGCGGCGCCGCACGCUUAAGAACCGCGGCUACGCCGCCAGCUGCCGCGUGAAGCGCGUGUGCCAGAAGGAGGAGCUGCAGAAGCAGAAGUCGGAGCUGGAGCGCGAGGUGGACAAGCUGGCGCGCGAGAACGCGGCCAUGCGCCUGGAGCUCGACGCGCUGCGCGGCAAGUGCGAGGCGCUGCAGGGGUUCGCGCGUUCGGUGGCCGCGGCCCGUGGGCCCGCCGCCCUCGUGGCGCCCGCCAGCGGCACUUAGUGCCCGCUGCGCCCCGCCCACUUCCCACGUAGCCACCUCUCUCCGGCCCCUCCCUUCUCAAAGUGCCUGAGCGCCUGUCUGUUCCUAGGUCUCCUCCCUGCCGGCCCCUGUGGCGAACACACAUUCCCUUCCUGGGCUCCGCCUUUCUCUCGCAGCCCCUCAAACUGGGCCCUGGGGAGGGGCACCUUUGCUAGGCUGGCAAGCAUCUGGGGCCAGGGCUUCCCGCGGCUGAAAGUCUUGUUAGAUCCGGAGGGACUGGAGGUGGAGCCGGUCGGGGAGAGGAGGCCGCGCCUCCUGGAGAGUUGGGGAAACUGCUCUGAUGGGGCCGACGUGCGCCCACCCAGCCAUCCAGCACUCCGUGGAGUGACACGGGCAGUCCUGCUGGGCAGAGGCCCUGCGGAGACUCCCACCUCGCUUUGGGCCUGGUGCGGCCCCGCUUUCCAAAGCCCAGAGGGUCACAGCUAGUGAGGCCCAGCUAAGAUGGGGACACCCUCCCCACAGCAGAUGGGACAGCGUUCAAGGCCACAUAUCCCUUCGUGACCCAGCGGACUCCAAAAACAGCGUUUUCAGUGCUACCCCAGGGUUCCAGCAGAGGGUUCUCGGGGACAAGGGACAGGGACUGAUGAAGGUGGGAGAGGCCUCCGAGCCAGCGGCACAGCUGUCUGACGGGAGGGAAGAGAAGCAGAGGGACAGAGAAGGUGGCAUAGAGGGCAGAGCAGAAAGGGGCUGGCCAGCCAGAGGAGGGGACAGUGGAGGUGACCAUUGUGGGGGUAGAGAAGUGAGGAGACGGAUCCUGCAGCUCCGAAGCGUGUGGGGCCCUGGGCCCCAGCGUGACCCUUGAGUGUCCCCUGUGGGGUGGGGGCGGCACUGCCAGGGGAAGCCCAGCCUGGCCCCGCCCCUAGUGCGGUAUACAGCUCCGCCCUUUAUUUAUUGCACAGAUCUAAGUUAUUCUCCCCAGCCAGAGCCCAACUCUUGCUCCCUGGGAAAAGUGGCGUGUGGCCCUGGGCUGGGCUUUGUAUUUUGUAUCUACAAAUAAAUCACAUUUUAUCUUAUAUUUAGGGAACGCCAGGUGGCAACAAAUUUUUUUAAGAAAUUGCCCGGGCCCCCAGUUUAUUUAUUUUCUGACUUACAGUGAGCGAGUUACCCGCCUUCUGUAUUUUGUAGACUUUCUGAAUAAAGUCAAGUUCUCUUUUCUGCA